AUGUCCACAGGUGCUUGGGUACAACGAAGUAAAAAGAAGAUGAGCAACAAGAAGCAUUUCGAAAAGUAUGAGCAAGGGUCCCUGCGAGUAGCUCUGGCUGAGGACGACGAGUACCGCCACUGUUUCUCAACUACCUGUGACGCCGGCCAGCUGCAUCACGGCGGUGUUGAUCAGCCUAUCUUCACCUGCCAGAGUUGUCAGCACAAAAACUGCGUCGCAUGUGAGAUCGAUUGGCACGUGGAUGAGACUUGCGACCAAUACCAAGCACGUCGCCGCACAGAAAGAGGCGAAGAAGACGAAAGAUCCCGAGCCGAGAUGGAAAAGAUAUCGAAAGAGUGUCCCGAGUGCCACGCGCCUAUCGAGAAAAACGACGGCUGCGACCACAUGACUUGUUCCAAAUGUCGUCAUGAGUUCUGCUGGCUCUGCUUUGUAGACUAUCGCAAUGUCAGACGUGAAGGCAAUCAGCUGUACAACAAGAGUUGCCUUUAUUACUACCCCAUCCUGCGCGAGGCGGAAGAUGAGUUUCUGGUAGCAGAAGAUCCAGAAGAUGAGCUCGGCUUCCUACAAGAGCUUGAAGCAGCAGCUCGAAUCGCAGGCCAGAACGAGGAUGCAUAA